UCGAUGCAGCAGCUAGCACUAGGUGCAUACAUUAGCAGCUCCAGCUCGUGAUCACCACUCUCCUCGGCUCCUCCUCCCACCAGUUCACCACUGCCCCCUAGAAUCGCCCGUUCACAUGGCGCUCUCCCGCCGCCUCCUCCUCCUCCUCUCCCUGGUCGCCGCCAUGACGGCGGUCACCGGCACCGCCCCCGAGGUCAUCGUGACCAAGUGCUACCCGCCGCCGACGCCCACCGGCACCACCUCCGAGGUCAUCGUGACCAGGUGCUACCCACCGCCGACGCCCACCUUCAACGGCAGCGGCGCGUUCCGCGGCAGUCUCCUCCCGCUCCUCGACGCCCUCCCCUCUGCCGCCGCGCGGACGGGCUUCGCCUCGCUGGGGGCCGGUGGCGCGCUCGCCCGCGGCUUCUGCUUUGGCGACCCCGCGCCUGACCCGUGCCUCCGCUGCCUGUCCGACGCCGGCAGAAAGAUCGUCGACCAGUGCGGCGACGCCGGCCGACGCGCGGGCUUCCUGAACGACCGCUGCUUCCUGGGCUACGCCGACACCAACGCUUCCUCCUCCGCCCGCGCGGACGACGACAUCGGCGCGGUGACCUUCUUCGGGGACGCCGUCCCGCGCCUCGACGACGCCGACGUGCAGAAGCUCGUGACCGUGGCGCAGUCCCUGGUCCCGCGGUCCGCGAACGGCCAGCUGCCCGCCGUCAACGCGACCGCCACGGCGAGCAACGGCGACACGGUGCGCGUGCUGGCACAGUGCGCGACGGACCGCGCCGUGGCGGAGUGCGCCCAAUGCCUGCGGGACUCGGCGCUGCAUAUUGCCAGGAGCUGGGAGCCCGCCGCCGGCGACGUGCAAGGAAGCGUGGCCGCCGUCCUCGGUUCCAACUGCUACCUCCGCUUCGAGAUAUCGGCACCGCCGCUGCCCCUGGGAGAGCAUACCCGGAGGAUGAUAAAGGAGAACGUCGCCCUGACCGCCUGA